GGAGAUUUGGUGCAGUCAGACAGUUCACUGCUAAAGCGGCUCCACUGAUAAUAGGAGAUGAACGGGAUUGAAUUGAAGAUACUGCUCAGAUGCCUUUUAAUCACUACAUCUUGGAUUAGUGCUGCUCCCGUUAUGAAACAAAGCGCCUACAGAUACAAGUACUCACAACUGUUGCUUGUAGAGAAAGAAUCAGGCAGUCCACUGAGGAAAGAAGAUUUACAGACAGCAAUAGCUAAUGAUAACUUUCAUUCUCAACUACAGACAGUUCUUGAUGAUUUCAAGUCACAAUUACAACUCAUGGAUUCCAGCAACAAGCAAUCGGUUCACACAAAGAAGAAUGUAGAAGACAAUGAUACUCGUUUACCAGUUGAAACGUCUACAUCUGUACCUCAAAUUCAACGAGCAAUAUUUGGAGGCAGAGACACAAAUUCUCUCAUUCAGGAUACAGAAGGCAAAUCAUUCUGUCAAGAUGAAUGGACUGCGCCCUGGCAGGUCGGACUGAUGCUUUUAACUCCAGAUAACCACACAAAACGUUGUGGUGGUGUGCUGGUUCACAAACGGUGGGUCUUAACAGCAGCACACUGUCUUACCAACAUGACUAUGGUUCUAGCAAUGGUCGGAUCCAAGAACUACUUUAGUGGAUUUCUUGAGGGCGAGGGCCAAGUGUUUCGUGUGACAAACUCCUCUGUUCAUGAUGAAUACACAGCAAGCAGUGAUUUUCAACCACCACAACAUGACAUUGCUCUUCUGGAACUAGAAGCUGACGUUGUACUUGGACCUGACACUAAUACUGCAGACAUCCCCAAGCGCAACACUCCUCUUGUGAACUCUAAGACUGAAAUGGUUAUUACAGGAUGGGGUAUUACUGAAAAAAGCUCAUUGCAGCCAGAUGAGUUGCAUUGUGCUAAAGUCCCUAUUGUUGCAAGAGAAGACUGUGAAGAGACUUACAAGAAGCAAGGAAUCAACAUUCGCAACAGUCACCUAUGUACUGGUUAUGAAUCUGGUGGUGUAGGUGCCUGUAAUGGCGACAGUGGAGGAGGGUUGAUGCAUGUCGACUCUAACGGAAAAAGCACCGUGAUCGGACUCAUCAGCUGGUCGAAGGGAUGUGGUGAACAUUAUAGUGUCUACACUGACAUUCAGAAACACAGACCUUGGAUAUUGCGUCAAGUUCCAGAAUUAGGCAAGAAGUAAAUCAGUUCACCACGAACGUCUCUUAUCUGUUACUUUGAAUACAGACACUGGUAUAUAACAUCAUUUUUUGACUUUGUGGUCACAUGCGAUUGGUAUUUCUAUUUUUACUAUUGAAUACUGUACAGAUUUGAUUACUUAAACAUUUAUAGUAUUUGUUUAUAGCUA